AUGGCGCUGCCCUCACCCAGUUGUCAACCUGCAUACCCUCACCAGCAAGGUCCUCUUAUUCCAUCCAGCGUUUUCAGCUCAGAUAGAGAACUCCAAGAGCUUGUCAAUCGAAGAGACAUGCGUAUAUCGUCCACCCAUGACCUCGCCGAGUUCUUAAGGUCGUCCCGCCCCGAAGAUUAUUCCCGACCUGCAAAAGCCUCAGACGAUCUCGCCAUUGACUCCGGGCAUCGGAAGAUGUCCUUCAAGUUUUUAAAAUCUGCAUCGAAGGAUCUGCUCUCCCAGCGCAAAAAUUCUGUUUCACUCCCCAUCCCCUCCACCGUUGCGCUUCCAGAGAAGGUUCGCCUGGAGAAGACGUCGAAAGGAAAUUCUUAUCUUGCUAUCCAAGUAGAUUAUACUCCAGGAAGGGACUCCGAGUGUGCAAUUGCUUCCCCCUGGACGCCCAGUUCAAGCGAAUAUAGCGGCAGGGAAGGUGUUAGGAAAGCCACAUCUGCUGACUUUUCCUCAGAUCGAGGUAAUUACCGAAACAGUUCUGUCAGCCAAGCAUGGAAAGAUCAUGAUUCUGCUUUCGGAACCGGGCAUGACAGGGUUAACAGUACAGAUACCCGAGCUAUGACGAGAUGGAUGCGAAAUUCUUCAGGAAGUGAUCUAUCAUCCUCCCAGGCUGGUCUCGUUGUCUCACCUCUGACAGCACCGCAACCACAAACCUCAUACUCGAUCAAAGUACCAAAACAAAGGGCCAGCUCCACAUACUCCUAUACAUCUAUCCCACCUGACUAUUCAAAGCCUUGCCAGACUUCCAAGUUCUCGACUAUUCCAAAACUAUACCCUGAUAGCUCUCCAGUCCAAAGGCGAUAUUCAUCAGAUUCCACGCUCCGGGGGGUAACGGUUUCGGCUCGGCCGGCUCGAUUUUCCUCUCCAAUCAGAAAAGACGAUAUAUAUCUGCUUACAUCGCCUCCGAUUUCCUCCAACAUCGAGAAGGGAAGCUACGCGCAGCUCCAUGUAAAACCCGAAACAUCCUCAGUAAUAUCAAAAAGUUCAACACAGCCCGGGCCGCCCCCGACUCGUGGGCUCCCGUCACUACCAGAGGGACACGACGAUGCUGUGAACCUCGCAAUUAAGAUACGCGCUGCCGCAGCAACUAGGUCAUCUAUUGGUUCUCAGUUGUCGUUGGCGAGUGACGUAGGCUCCCUCAAAAACCGUCGUCCUGCGACACUUUCUCGGACCUGUAGCGAACGUGAAAUUUCUGUCAAAGCUAGGAAACUUAAGGAUCUCGAAGAUUUGAAAGGCAAACGGAGUGCGGCCCCUCGUGAUGUGUCUCAUGACCCCGAUUGUUCAACUUCCAAGCCGAAAAGAAGUCAGGGCAAACCUCGGAGACAGAAGACGGGUAGCACAACAUUUUCUAUUUCGCCGGUCACAGUCGUUUAUGAAGUAUCACCCGACUCACGAGAUGGCCCGGGGAGUCAAUAUAGUGGUGAAACGGCCCUCGGAGAUCCGAGCAGUACUCCGAGGUCGUCUUCUGAAGUUAUAAAACAGCAAGAAGAACAAAAAAUUAGCCAGGGUACUAUCGCAAAUCUCGAGGAUAGAGUGAGAAAGCUGGAACAGAGGAACAUCCGCCUCGAGCAAGCAUUGUUUGCGGUACUACGCGGAAAUAUUUUAUUAGGAACUGGAUCUACAUUAGAGGGUCCGAGUCUGUCUGAGAUUCUAGUUGGCUCCAACUCCGUGUCUCUUACGGAUCCAUGA